GAUUCUCCGCAGUCGGGUUGUCAGGCUCAGAGCUGGGGGAAAACUACACUCCCCAGAAGGCCCUGCGCGCCUGGUUCGCUGCGGUUGUUCACGGCCAAUCGGAAGAGGGAACUGUGGCGGGGGCCGAGGAGGGACAUUUUAAAAGGGCUGGAGAUUGCGGGCGUCAGUGGCCAUGGCGGAUACAGCGACCACAGCCUCGGCGGCGGCAGCGGCCACUACCGCGAACGCCUCCACCGAUGCUCCCCCUUUCCAGCUGGGCAAACCCCGCUUCCAGCAGACAUCCUUCUACGGUCGCUUCAGACACUUCUUGGACAUCAUCGACCCCCGAACACUCUUUGUCACUGAGAGGCGCCUCCGAGAGGCUGUGCAACUGCUGGAAGACUACAAGCAUGGCACCCUACGCCCGGGAGUUACCAAUGAGCAGCUCUGGAGUGCACAGAAAAUCAAACAGGCUAUCCUACACCCGGACACCAAUGAGAAGAUCUUCAUGCCUUUCAGAAUGUCAGGUGGUGGGUCUUCUCUUGCCCAACCAGACGCUGGCAUCCACUGUCUUCUGGCAGUGGCUGAACCAGAGCCAUAACGCCUGUGUCAACUACGCAAACCGCAACGCUACCAAGCCUUCGCCUGCAUCCAAGUUCAUCCAGGGCUACCUGGGAGCCGUCAUCAGUGCCGUCUCCAUUGCUGUGGGCCUUAAUGUGCUGGUUCAGAAAGCAAACAAGUUCACCCCAGCCACUCGCCUUCUCGUGCAGAGAUUUGUGCCCUUCCCCGCAGUAGCCAGUGCCAAUAUCUGCAAUGUGGUCCUGAUGCGGUAUGGGGAACUAGAGGAAGGGAUCGAUGUCCUGGAUGCUGAUGGCAACCUCGUGGGCUCCUCAAAGAUCGCAGCCAGACAUGCCCUGCUGGAGACAGCGCUGACACGCGUGGUUCUGCCCAUGCCCAUCCUGGUGCUUCCCCCGAUCGUCAUGUCUGUGCUGGAGAAGACGGCUCUCCUGCAGGCACGCCCACGGCUGCUCCUACCUGUGCAGAGCCUCGUGUGCCUGGCAGCCUUCGGCCUGGCCCUGCCACUGGCCAUCAGCCUUUUCCCGCAGAUGUCAGAGAUUGAAACCUCCCAGUUGGAGCCUGAGAUAGCCCGGGCUACAAGCAGCCGCACAGUGGUGUACAAUAAGGGCCUGUGAGUGAAGCUCAGCCGGCCUGGGAACGCAGCAGCCCUCUCCAGGCCGUGCGUG